UCAAAACCACCGGGGAGGCACUCUGCCCUCCCCGCCUGCUGAAGCGACGCGAGGUGGACGGCAGGACUGAAGAAGUGCGCGGAUAUAAACUGUCAUGAGCGAAAGAUGGCGUCUACGGACAUCACAUAUACCAAGUCCGGCUGCGCUUCAUCACUUCCUUUGGCUCACCAUGACCUGGAAUGAAUGACGACAUUCACACACAGAUUUAAAUGACGUGAUGUUACAUACUUUUGUACCGUAGGUGGCGGUAGAAACCAUAAAGUCGUUUGCGAUCCGCCAGUUAACCAAGAGAAGAAGAAGAAACAUUAAAUUGAGAUAAGAGAAGAAGAACGGCUCCGCAACAUGGCGUUGAUCUACUUUAGGAGACACUUGAGAGCUUUCUGGUGUUUGUGGUCGCACAGCGGCCGCGUCUCGUCGGUCCAACACGCGGGUCUAUCUACUUUUGCACGCCACUGGAGUUCUCAGAGUAUCAGCCUACCUUCCAGUGUGCUUCCUGAGACAUCCUUAUCCUGCCCCCCAUGGCCAGAGGUGGCGUAUGUCAAUCCUGAAGAAGAGAAAAGACGGCAUGCAGGAGUGGUAAAGAAGGUGAACAGUCUCAUUGCCAAGGAGGAUCAUGGUCGACUGUUUGCAGUGGUCCAUUUUGCCAGUCGCCAGUGGAAGGUGACCAACGAAGACCUGAUUCUGAUCGAGAACCACAUUGAGGCCGAGUGUGGGGACAGAAUUCGCAUAGAAAAGGUGCUCAUGGUGGGAAGUGAAGACUUCAGUCUUAUUGGCCGGCCUCUCCUAGGAAAAGAACUGGUGAGUGUAGAGGCAACUGUCAUAGAGAAGACUGAAUCAUGGCCUAAGAUCCACAUGCGAUUCCAUAAAAAACACAGAUACCAGCGCAAGAAAAUCAUCAUUACACCUCAAACGGUUCUGAGGAUAAACAGCAUAGAACUAGCUCCCAAACUGACAUGAUGAUUGAGACAACGGUCGAGUUUCACAUUUGUAAUUAUUCUGCCUCGGGCACUAUGGAUGUAUUUGCUGUGAUUGAAAAUAAAUAUGUGGA